GCUCCGCCGACCUCCUGGUCAAUGGGAACGCGGGACUGGGCCGCCCGCGCCGCGGUCAGGUUGCUAAGAUGAUUAUGCAGAUCUGAUAUAGGGAAAAACUUCAGCAACUCACCCAGAUUCUGCUAUCCCUACAAGGCUGCAUCCGAAGACCAAAGAGCUCUUCAUGGUCGACUUUGUGAAAAGGAGACCUGGAAAAGAGUCUUCUUGUUGGGGACCCUGGCCUGAGUUGGAGAAUCCUGGGAAGGAUCUACAAUCUACAACCUGGUGUAGAGGAGUCUAGGGUAAGAAGGAGAAUGUAGAGCUUCUGCGUAGUUCACAAUUGUUACCUGACCUCCUAAGCUUUUUAUAUGUUGAAGACUGAUGUUUUACAUCAAGACUCCAAAGGUGAAGGGCCAGCUGCUGAUGCACCAGUGAGGAGCACCAGGCUGGGAUGGGUCCGGGGGAAGCAAACCACUGUACUGGGAAGCACCAUGCCUGUGAACAUGUUCCUCGGGAUCCCCUAUGCUGCACCUCCUCUAGGGCCCCUGCGAUUUAAGCAACCAAAGCCUGCUCUGCCCUGGAAUGACUUCCGAAAUGCCACAUCCUACCCUAAAUUAUGCUUCCAGGACUUAGAGUGGCUGGUCUCCUAUCAACACGUUCUCAAAGUGCGUUACCCCAAAUUGGAAACGUCCGAAGACUGCCUGUACCUUAACAUCUAUGCGCCAGCCCAUGCGGACAAUGGCUCCAACCUCCCUGUCAUGGUGUGGUUCCCCGGGGGUGCCUUCAAGGUUGGCUCAGCCUCCUCCUUCGAUGGGUCCGCCUUGGCUGCCUACGAGGACGUGCUGAUCGUGACUACCCAGUACCGGCUAGGAAUAUUUGGUUUUUUCAACACAGGGGAUGAGCAUGCCCGGGGGAACUGGGCCUUGCUGGACCAGGUGGCUGCCCUAACCUGGGUCCAGGACAACAUCGAGUUCUUCGGUGGUGACCCACGCUCCGUGACCAUCUUCGGAGAGUCAGCGGGAGCCAUCAGUGUUUCCAGCCUCAUUCUGUCCCCCAUGGCCAAUGGCUUAUUCCACAAAGCCAUCAUGGAGAGUGGGGUGGCCAUCCUGCCUUUACUGAUGAGAUCCCCUGGUGAUGAGAGGAAGAAGGAUUUGCAGGUGCUUGCGCAUAUCUGUGGUUGCCAGGCGUCUGACUCUGCUGCCCUGCUGCAGUGCCUGAGGGCAAAACCCUCCGAGGAGUUGUUGGACAUCAGCGAGAAACUCACGUUUUCCAUUCCAGUGGUUGAUGAGUUUUUCUUUCCUGAUGAGCCUCUAGCCCUAUUGACUCAAAAAGCAUUUAAUUCAGUUCCUUCUAUCAUCGGAAUCAAUAACCACGAGUGUGCCUUCCUGCUGUCCACGGAGUUUCCUGAGAUCCUCGGGGGCUCCAAUAGGUCUCUGGCCCUCUACUUCGUACACACGUUCCUGAAUAUUCCCACCCAGUAUUUGCACCUUGUGGCUGAUCAUUACUUCUACAACAAGCACUCCCCGGUUGAAAUACGAGAUAGUUUUCUGGACUUGCUUGGAGAUGUGCUCUUUGUGGUCCCUGGGGUGGUCACAGCUCGAUAUCAUAGAGAUGCUGGCGCACCUGUCUACUUCUAUGAGUUUCAACACCGGCCCCAGUGCUUAAACGACACAAGGCCAGCUUUCGUGAAAGCCGAUCACUCUGAUGAAAUCCGCUUCGUCUUUGGAGGUGCCUUCCUGAAAGGCGACAUUGUCAUGUUCGAAGGAGCCACCGAGGAGGAGAAAUUGCUGAGCAGGAAGAUGAUGAGGUACUGGGCCAACUUUGCUCGGACCGGGGACCCUAACGGGGAAGGUUUGCCUCUGUGGCCAGCCUACACCCAGAGCGAGCAGUACCUGAAGCUGGAUUUGAAUGUGAGCGUGGGACAGAAACUGAAGGAGCAAGAGGUGGAGUUUUGGAUGGAUACCAUGCCCCUGAUACCCCCCACCUCCACGGCCCUCCCCAGUCCUCCUUCUCCCUUACUCUCCCUUUCUCUGCUCCCGCCUGGCUUCUUCUCUUCUGCUCCAUGGGAAGUUCUCUCUGUGUGAUUUGGUUUUCCUUCUUCCACAAUUUCACCCACGAUCCUUAGCUCCAUUUCUGUGUUUAGCUACUUCGUGGAAUCAGCUGCUUUCACCGAUGUUUUAUGGUCUUGAGGGUGAUUCUUAGGGGAAUUCUUUUCAACAUCAAACAAUGCUACCGGCCUUGGAAAGCUACCAGACUUCUUCAAUAAAUCACCGUGAUGGCUGGCA